AUGCUACCACUUGAUAAAUGGCAAUUGAUAAUAGAUUUAGUUAAAGUUUUACAAUCUUUCGCUAAUACUACGAAGAUGCUUGGUGGAAGUGAAUAUGCGACAAUGUCGUAUAUGUUUCUUGCUAUAUCAUCUCUUAAAAAAUUGCUUAAUAUUACAUGUGAUGCUCAGUUUAAUCCGGAUCUUGACAACUCUGAUACAGUUUUUGAUAACAAUCAAGAGUUUCAAGAAGAAAUUGAUCUUAUUGAUGAAUCUGAAAUGCUUGAUAUUGAAUCUGAAACAAAAAUUAACCAAACCAAGAUUAAUACUCACAA